GCAUGAGUGGGAGAGAAGCACCUGUAACUGCCGUCCUGCCAGCAAGCAGCAAGUUCAAGCAGCCUCCACCCGGCCAGCGAACGCCCAGCACGGCCCAACAGGACCGUUACACGCCGGUACCGCUCACUCAUCGUUUCCCAGAACCGGAACCAUGUUUCUACACUGUCUGAGCAGCUUUAUUUUGCUGUCUGUCGCCGCCAAGGGAACUGUAGGUAUAGAUCCCGACAACUUGACUGCAACAACUGAGGGAGGAUCCGCUGAUGACGGUUUCUCAAGCCUCGGUCUAUUUAGCAGCAACACAACGCUCUCACCGUCACCAAGUUAUACACCAAUGACAGCCGUGAGUGAUGCUACGGCAUCUUACACUCACAGAGAGACCACCAUCUCUGAGCCAAGCAGCCCUGUCUUGAUGUCAACAACCCAAGAUGGCAACACGAGGGAGACUGGCACUACCAUGCGGCCUCCCGACCCGACAGAUGGCAGCGGCUAUCCCCCCGCAACUACAGACCAACACUUCACAACCUCUCCGACUGACAGCACAAUAUCAAUGACAAUGAACGACAAAACAACCUUAAUCCCAACAACGGGACCAACCAUUAAUGACAUGAGCUUGAUGACAACUGGUGUCACAACGUUAACAACAAUGGGGCCAACGGAUGUGACAUUGACGACAAUGGACCCGACCGCCGCCAACGACACAAGCUUCAGCCCAACAACACCUGCCCUGACAGUCAAUGACAGUGCAACCACUGACGACAUAACCUCCAUGACAACGAACGGCAGCGCAACACUAAUCCCAACAACGGGACCAACCAUCAGUGACAUUAGCUCAAUGACAACAACUGGUGUCACAAUGUUACCGACAACGGGUCCAACGGACGUGACAAUCUCUAUGACGACAAUCGAUCAGACCGCCAACGACACAAGCUUCAGCCCAACAACACCCGCCCUGACAGUCAACCACAGUGCAACCACUGAUGACACAACCUCCAUGACAACGAACGACGACGCCACCUUAAUCCCGACAACGGGACCAACCAUCAAUGGCAUGAGCUCAAUGACGACAACUGGCGUCACAACAUUAACGACAACAGGUCAGACGAACAUGACAGUCUCGAGAACGUCAAUUGAAACGACCGCUGACAACACAAGUUUCAGCCCUACAACACCUGCCCUGACAGUCAACGACACGACCUCAACGACCGCAGCAGAGACGAACAAUUCCGCUACAACCGCCGCAUGGACGAACAACCCUGACUCUAUGACGACCGUCAAUGAGGAGGACACAGCAACAACCUGGAUGACAACUGCCACUCCAGCCGACAACUACACAACAACCACCGAGAUCUUCAAUGCAACUACGCUAACAACUAUCCUUACCCCGACAAUUUCUCCGGAGAUUUCCGUUAGUGUCAGCGCAGCAACUCUAUUGACCACAGUCUCAUCUGGACCCCCUUCACUUGCCCCUGCAACGACAGAAGUGACUAGUCAAACGGGAACCACCAGCCUUGAAGCCACAAGUCACAUGACCUCGACGUCACCCGACACAACUAUCAUUGGAACCUCGCCACUCCCCACACAGGGUCCAGUUUUGGUUUGUCCCGCUGAGCCGUGUCCUCUUGAAAGCGUCUGCCUCAACGGCACCUGCCAGUGUCUCUCCGGAAGCUUCCUGGUGGACGGCCGCUGCACACGUGGUCAAGUGUUUGCUGGACAGCUCCACCUGAGCUCCUUGGACUUCAACAGCGAUAUGUUGAACAGGUCCUCCGAAGCCUUCCAGAACACGGCGGGGAACAUCGCCACAGCGCUCGCUGGCGCCUUCUCCGAUCAACCGGCGUACAUCCGCUCAGAUGUGGUGCAGCUUGCACCAGGAAGUGUGAUAGCAACGGUAAACAACAUAUUUGCCAACAUGGCCGCCUCUCAAGAGUCAGUGGAGCAGACCAUUAAAGAGGCCAUCGCCAACAGCUCUCAAGGACUACUGAUAAACGCUACAUUUAGCAGCACAGACUUGUGUGGUCAGGCGCCAUUUCCUUGUGACACCGUCACCGCUUUGUGCACCAGCACCAAUGGAUUGGUAAUUUGCUCCUGUAAACAAGGCUAUGUCUCAACAGUCUACUCCAACACCAGCUGCAAAGCAUGUCCAAGUGGACAACAUGGGGUGGACAACAUCUGUAAGACAUGUGCGUUUGGCUACGGAGGCCUUAACUGCAGGGACUCAUCUCUACUGGCUGUGGUGGUGGUCUCCUGCGUCCUAGGAGGGAUUUUACUCAUCCUGAUCUCAGCUUUGCUCGCAUAUUGCUGCUGGCGGAGGUGCCAAGGCGAGCCUGGCAGCAGUAGUAGUCCGUACCCGACAGGCGAGCUGGCCAAGCCGUGGCCCUCUGACAUCACGCCCAUCCCCCGCGCCACCGCCACAAGCACGUGGGACACGUCGUCCAUGGAGAUGACCGAGGGAGGCAGCACUCGUGUCUUGGUGGACGGAAAGAAUCAUACCAACGGCGUGGGGCUUCAGCUGAAGCAGUCAAGAUGGAAGAAGUCGGGUUCAUACGACCUCAACACGGACGCCAUGAAGACCUUCAAGAGUAAAAACCCGUCACGCUACUCGUACCUGGUGGAAGGCCACCAGAACCCCUACUUCCUGCCGGGAGACAACAAGAAAAACUGAAGCAGCUCCCCCUUGUGGACGCCUAAAACUGUAUUUUUUUAUUAUGUUCCAAUCAAAGAGGAUGGAUGACCAGGCGCCAAAUGAGGUGUUGAACAAUCGUUUUGUAACGUUCCAAUUGUGGUUUUCUGCAAUCACCAAUGACGUUUUGUGCCUCAAGUCAUGUCGAAUGACAAAAAAGGAGGCUGGUCCCUCGUUCUAGAUGCUUCUGAAUGGAUUUGUUUGUGUCAAGUUGCGCUUUUAUUGACUAAUAAGAGUCGUGUUGUUCGUGGAUGUGCCAACUAUCACUCGUCUCUCAAACUGUGUGCAGGGGUGUCCAAACCUGAGGGCUGCACACGGAAAAGGAAAGCAUGCGGGGGCCAUUUUGAUGUUUUUAUUUUCAAAACCAAUUCAAUAUAUACCGGUACAUUUAUUUUACCUUAGGCUCCCCUCAGUCAUUGAUGCUCAAAAUAAGUCUAAUAUAAAAAUAUUUGUAAUAAUUUUAUUCAAUGCUUAAAUCUCUAGGUCAACUACAGGUCUGCCAUUAAAAAAAAAAAAAAGAUUUAUGCUCUUUGUUUUUAUGGCAAAAACACAAAAUGGGCUUUAUAUAUAUAAAAAAAUUUGUUUUGUUUUUUAAACCCGUCACUGCCUCAAAAAUAAUGAAUCAAAAUUAAUGUUAUGAAUUAUUGACAUAUAUAUAA